AUUUCUUUAGGCCACAAUGGCCCCAUCAGCCCCUCCACCUACCCCUCAGGAAAUACAAAGGAAACUCUCCGUUCACUCGAAACCGAAGAAAUCCCUUUCGCCACCCAUCGCAGGAGUCUCCGGCACAGAAUCUGAUUCAGACCCAUGCAUGUCCCCAGAACUACACUCCCCUCUUUCGCAAGGGUUGAGCCCUGGCGGGAUCCUCGUGGCUGGCUCAGCUGCGCAGCCACCACUGUCAUCAAUCGCUGAACGUGAUGCAAUAAGCGGCGAGGAGUCUGACGAGGAUGACGAAGAAGGCGGAUGGCAUCAGGGGCAAGUCGGUAUAUCAAGAGCUACGCAAGGCUCGACCGAUGAAGGUGUCAUCAAGGCGGGGUAUCUGUGGAAGAAAGGCGAGCGCCGAAAGACAUGGAAGAAGCGGUGGUUCGUCCUGCGACCGGCCCAUAUUGCUUAUUACAAGACCUCCGCCGAAUAUCAGCUCCUUCGUUUGCUCGACCUUUCCGACGUCCAUUCAUGCACGCCUGUCACCUUGAAGAAGCACAACAAUACCUUUGGCUUGGUUUCUGUCGUGCGGACGUUCUAUUUACAAGCUGAGACCGCUGAAGAAGUUCACUCUUGGGUUCAAGCCAUAUCGACCGCCAGAGAAGCUCUAAUGGCGACAUCCACCCAGACGUCCUUCUCGACCCCACCGGUGCCAAUUCCUGGGGCCAACACGCACCCUCGCCAAGCUCCUACCCCUUCGCCAUCGUCGCACCCCUCUUAUGCCCAAAACAUCACCUCUUCAGACUCGGAGGACGGCUCCCCUCGUGCCGCGCGCGCUUACUCAAGUUCAUCGCAGAACCCGCCACCUACCAUAACAGCGUCUCCGUCGAAGCCGUCAAGCGCUUCGAAGGAAGCGUCCAAAGUUGUUAUCUCUGGAUAUCUAAUGAAAUGUGGCGCGAAGCGACAUAAUUGGCGAAAACGGUGGUUCGUGUUGCAAAGCGAAAAGCUUGUCUAUUCUACUAGUCACAUGGAUACGAAGCCACACCGGCAGUUUUCUUUCUCGGAAAUACUUGACGCUCUGGAAUUCGAUAUGCGGGCACAUAAACACGCUCCAGCGGCACCUCCGACGCCGUCUAGCUCGCACCUCGCUUCGGGUGCAGCCGAUGAUUCGAGUAAUGCAGGACCACAUACCUUCAAGAUCGUGACCACGAAGCGUACGCUGCUCCUUUGUGCACCGAGCGAGGAGGAAGAGAUCAAGUGGCUUAGCGCUGUUCGAGCCCUCAUCGCUCGACGGACAGGCGCUGGUGUCGUCCCUGGAGAACCAAGCGGCGCCUCGCAAGGCGCCAAGGGCUCGGGUUCAGGGGGCUUAAGCGACGCGGGGGGAUCGUCGGGUGGGGCAGCCAUCCGGCAGAAGUACCGUAAUAAGAGUUUUAGUAGCCAAGGUGGCACGCCUCCCGUUGGACUCGUCGGGGAGGAUGGUACGGAACGGAAAACAUAAGGUGGAUAUUAAUUCUGUUAUCGUUGGUUAUAUCCUCUACUGUAGUUUUAUUUGUUAUGACCUCACGCUCUUACGGUUGCUCUCUUACCUGGACGCUGGUUGCUUGGGAUUCGUUUGUUUAUCGUUGAUAUUAAUAUUAUGCGGUGACUACUGCAUCCAGUGUAUGCAGUCUCUCGAGCGAGAUCUCCA